CCGUGAGGCGACCGGCUGCGUGGAAGGACCGCGGAGGAUAAAAAGAGACGGCCGGUGUGCGCGAUUCACAUCGUCCUCGCUGUUCUCCCUCUCACUCAUCUCCAUCUCUCUCUUUCUCUCUCGCUUUCCCUCUGUCCUCCUCCGUCAUUCCUCUCCUUUUUCAGCGGUGUCCCUCCGACACCCUCGCUCAACCUACCACUCUACCUCUCUCUUUCUCUCUCUCUCUCUCACUCCCUCUCGGGUCCCCCCCUCUCCCCCUCGCUCAGCUUGCCAUCCCGUCCCUCUGACGCUCGCUCGUUCUCGUUCCCUCCUCCCUCUAUCCCAUCUACCCUUCUCGCUCCCCCUCACCGUAGCCGUCUCGCUCGCGCCCGCGAUCCAUGUACCUCCGCCUUCCUAUCCACCGAGCGGAGGACUGGAUUCCGUCGAAAAGAAACGACGAUUCGGAGGAUAGUCGCGACCGAUCAUAGCUGGCGCGUCGAUCGGAUCAACGGAGUGAACUAGCCGUCCGCGACUAACCGCAUCGCGCGUUACCACGACAAGUGCCACGCAUCGCUGUCGCGCGCUCUGGUGCCCUUUAAUCUUCUUUUUUUUUAUACCGCAACUCGUGACCCUUCGGUGUGCCGGCAGAGCUCACGCUCCUUCUUCAAGAGGACUUCUUGUCGGUUUCCCUCUUCUCUUCGACUAACGCGAGAGUGAUCGGAGUGCGUGCGGUCCGCGAUACGACCAUAUAUCGCCGGCUGUCAUUCGCGGCACUUUCUUUCGCAACCUGCUUCGCGAGUGUUCCCGCAACGACGACGAUAACGACGAUUAGAAGUUCCAACAACAGAACCACUACCGAGAACUACUUCUCGGUCGCCCUUGCGCUUCAACUUGUUUUCGCGUGUGACAGUGCGAGUGCAUAUGCCGGCAGCGGACCGCCACCGAUUUCAACCGGUUCGAGUGCAGCUGGACGGCCAGUCGCGACGACCGGGCAUACGGGAGUGCCGUCGACGCGAGUAGCACCCCGCUACGGGGUGGCUGGACACGCGACACAGAGGGUUUUCACGCCUCCGCGUGAGCGUUCGUCCCGGGCGCGCUAGUGAGAGAAAGGAAAAGAAAAGAUAGGAAAAAAAAAAAAGAGCGGAAGUGUGACCGAUUCGCGAAGUGACUACGUCCGAAAGCGAGGCGCACACGGCGAAUGCCGCGGACUUCUGGAACGAUGAUCGCGUAGCGGUGCCCGACCAUCACGGCCCUGAGCGGCCGACACAUCAUGUCACAGUUCUCUUUCCGAGGAUCGCCAAAUCUACAGUGUCCUGUGACAGUGAACUCGUCGUUGGCGCCGUCCUCGGCCUCGCCUGCCACCGGUGUGAUCCUCAGCGCGGGCGGCUCGUCCCUGGUCAGCAGCGUAGCCGCCAGUACGACGACGAAUCAUCCCCUGGACGUAGCCGGUCUGUCGCAAGCGAGGAUGGCAGUGACGAGUGCGAUCGUGAGACCGCCUGGCAGUCCCACUACCUCGGUUAGCCCGUCCCAGGGUCAUCCGCCACCAUCGACCGGGGGUCCUACUGCAGCCAGGUGUUGCGAUACCGGUCGACCGAUCUUCACGGAUCCACUGACGGGCCAGACCGUCUGCUCCUGCCAGUACGAACUGCUGGGUGGUUAUCAGCGUCUAGGUGGCCUACCUACGGCCGCGCUCUCCAUGUACAGCGCGCCAUACGCGGCCGCCGCCGCGGCGGCUGCGUCCGAGGGUAUGGCUGCGUACUUUCCUAGCUUGGGCGCCGAGCAAGCACCCUUCUACACGCCCACGGCCACCGGUCUAGAUCUUAAAGAAAAUCUGGGCGCUGGAGCCGCAGCAGCGUGGCCUUAUCCCUCGAUGUAUCACCCUUACGAUGCUGCUUUUGCGAAUUACCCCUUCAAUGGUUAUGGCAUGGAUCUAAAUGGCGCGAGACGAAAAAACGCGACACGGGAAACAACGAGCACGCUGAAAGCGUGGUUAAACGAACACAAGAAGAAUCCAUAUCCCACGAAAGGCGAAAAGAUCAUGCUGGCUAUUAUUACCAAGAUGACACUGACACAAGUGUCGACGUGGUUUGCGAAUGCGCGGAGACGCUUAAAAAAAGAAAAUAAAAUGACGUGGGAACCAAGAAAUCGUGUCGAAGACGAAGAUAACAAUAACGAAGACGAUGAUAGCGGGAGGAAAAGCGUCGAUGAGAAAGAUCGACUAGAUUCGAAAGACUCAGGUACAGGUUCCAGCGAGGACGGCGAACGACCGGCACACCGUUUGGACCUACUGCAUGGCGGCAGUGGUGGAUCGGCGGGCGUCCAAGGUAGAACCGAGAGCGAGUGGAGCGAGUCGCGAGCGGACAGUGGCCCGGAUAGUCCGGAAUGUCUGUACGAUCAGAGGGAACCGAGGCAUCCGCUGCAACUGCAGCAUCCGGCGUAUCUCACCCAGAAUCACGGUCGAUUGUUGCGUCAUCCCUCACCGGAGAGCACGUCGCCAGGUAGUCAACAUCAUCUUCCGCCGAGCACCAGCGCGCCGUCCACGGGUAGCGCGGUGACGACGAAGCCGCGGAUCUGGUCGCUGGCAGACAUGGCGAGCAAGGACGGCGAUCAGCAGAGUACGAAUCCAGCCACGAUGACGGGUCUGACGUCACCUUACAGCGGAACGGGCGGAGGUGGAGGUGGCAUCGGCGGUGGCGGUGGAGGUGGCACUGCAGGGGGCAAGCUCGUAAGCCCUUUGGCUAGUCGACUACCGCCUCAUCAUCCCCUCCAUCCGAUACAUCCGGGCACGCAGUUUGUAAGACCGCAUCCGGACUUCUACAGGAAUUUGUAUGGCGCGUCCCAUCUCGGCUCCGGUGACAUAUCUCUGCUGGAAACGUAUUCGAGGACUCUUGGUGGACUUGGCGGCGUAAUACCACCAUCCACGGCCCCGAGCAUACUUACGUCCUCGUCCUCGUCGAUUUCCGUCGCCGGUAACGUGAAACCUUUUUCGAUUAACGGUGGUAGCGGCGCGGCUGGCGGUACCACAGCCGGAUCGGCAGUUUUAUUGACCACCGCAUCCUCCGGUCUAUCGCCGUCAUCGUCGUCGACGGCGUCGUCGGGCGGGUCCGAUCAGUCGCCCCAUCCGGCGGGCGGCGGUCUCCCCGCGACUCAGGAACUCAAAUCUCCCGGACGGGUGUGACUCGACGAAGCGACCGAUCGCUAGAGAGACGUUUAUCGCGGGCGCGCGCUGUGCAUCGGCGGGCGUUUUGUGUGGUGUGGCUGACAAUAAUCAGAGACUACAAUCUUGUAAUUAGUGUACAGUAUAAAACGGAAGAUGAUGAGAUAUACUGCCCCAAUCCGCUUCCUCGUUUCCUAGUCUUUUCAUUUUUCUUUUCUCUUGUUCAAUGUCAUCAUCGAUGUUCUUUUUAUCUUUGAUUCCCUUCCCUUCUCUCCUUCGACUUUUUUUUAUCCAAGUUUUAUUUUCCGUACCUAAUUACUCUCGAUAAAGAGGGAAAAACUCGUAGUACCGACUACCCAUAGUGGCUCUAUCGCGGUAUAACCGUACAACAUCUAGCGCGUCAACUCGACAGUACUAUUACACACAUAUAAAUAUUAUAAAUAUCUAAAGAUAUACGAUAAUAUAAUUAAUAUUAUUUAUGCGUUUGUAAAUAGUAGAGAAAGGCCUAGUAGAGGAAUCGUCCGGCCAGUGUAUGUAUUGUAUGUAGAGUAGACACUAUAUUACUAGACUACCUGAGAUCAUAAUUCAUAUUAAUGACGAUUAUUAUUAUUAUGAUUAUUAUGAUUAU